GAUAGAUACCAAGAGAGAUCGAGUGGAGGCAAGUCCUCCCCCCCCCCCCCCAAACCUCCAAAAGCCACAUUAAGGCUCGCUUCAAACUUCUACCUGCCUCUUUCAUUAAUCCCGAUCUACGUAUUUCGGUUGGGAUAAACUCAGAUUACGGAAAGCGAAGAGGAUUAUAUCAUAAAAGCGAAGAGUGUAUUGCAGCUAUGGUGAUUCUGAGGUUGGACACGUGUGUGGAGCUACUGAAGCUGGCCAUAGAGUUCGUCAUCGUCGUAGCAGAAGCAGUCGAGAUAGCUCUUCAGCAGAACUUCCCUCCAAAUCUUACAAGUACUUCAGCUUAUACCAGCACUCAUCUUCCUUUUGUUGGCUUUCUCCCUUGAGAUUCUUUGUAUAGAUUAGCUAGCGCUCAUGAGUUUUAUAUCUGCAAAAUUGUACAGUCCAGCUAAUCUCUAAUGUAAAGCUUCAGGUUCGUUUAAAUUCUACUCACUUGCUUAUUCCUUUGGGGGCCAGAAGAGAUUUGUAUUAUGAGCUCUACUGGCACCGUUGAUGCUUGGUAAACAGAGAGCCGAUAGCCAAUUCGCAAAGAUCGAUGGUUUUGAAUUUCCCCAUUAUUAUAAUAAAAAGAAAAUGGGUACUUUUUUUUGAAUAAA